AUGGCGAUGAACCCUGCAAUCUCCCGACAUCGAGAUGCAGAGCUUCACAGGCUGUCCGAGACUUUGUCCGGGCUUCCUGCUGGAAAUGUCCAGCCACUGCGCGAUGUAGCUUGCUACGAGAUACCAGGCUUCGUUCCAAUCAGGCAGCGGCAGCUUCCUGGAGAGAUUGAACGGACAUACACUCUCAACAGUUGA